ACUCAUAUUGCAAUCGCCACAAACAACAGUUAACUAUGCAGUACACCAUGUGCUUUCUGACCUGCUUUAUAAUACUUAUCUAUUCAUCAGUAUGUGUGAAUGCGAAUAAGUUAAGUAAAAUCAGCUUGAAUCGAGAUGGACUAUUCACUGAUUCUCGAGGAUUUACAAAGUUAUUUCGAGGCUUCAAUUCCAUCAGUAAAAGUUUUCCAUGGUACAAGAUACAGGCAUUGAAUAGAACACAAAUGAGAAUGUUUAAAGAUUGGGGUAUCAACGUAAUUCGACUACAAGUAAUGUGGAGUGGAUUAUUUCCAGCUCGAUCAGUAAUCAAUUCUACAUACUUGGAUCAAAUCGAGAAGAUAAUCAAGUUGUCUGGUGAACAUGGAAUUUACUUAAUAUUAGACAUGCAUCAAGAUGUGUUAUCAUCUCGUUAUGGCACAUAUGAUGGUAUUCCAUUAUGGCUAAUUGAUCAGUUCAAAAGACCACCAGCUUCCCUACAGUAUCCUUGGCCAUACAAGAGUCCUCCGGAUUGUGAAAUGUGUAAUUAUUUGACUUACGAAUGUGCCAGUGCAGCGCAACAGUUAUAUGACAAUGUAUCGAGUUCCUGGAAUCACUGGGGUGAUUUCUGGGAGAUAAUAGCGAGACGAUUCAAAGAGUUUUCAAAUGUGCUCGGUUAUGAGUUAAUUAAUGAGCCUCCACCGGGUAAUUACUAUGCCAAUCCACUGUAUGGUCUAUCAGUCGAUUUGCGUACACUUUCGUAUUCGAAGCAUACUGACCACUGACUUGACUGUAUGUGCAAGAAGUCGGCUGAACACCUUACUGCGCCACCGAAACAUUUGACAUGAGAAGACCAGUUGUGUAUUUUCUUCAACUGACAUGCCAGAUUUUCGUCAUUCACAUCAGUUAAUUAGCACAAUGUCUGACGUGAUCUCGUUGAGGCUCUACUACCCUCAGUUUAAUGCCAAGACGAGUGUUGAAUAUUCCCAGAAUGGAAUGAGUCGGUUAUAAAUUAUUUCCUGAAUUUCCAUGAUCGUUUGAUGCUGCCAUUCUGAGGUGUGAUGCACUUUCAAAUGUAAGCAUUUUACCGAAGUGACGAAUUUCGCUCAACAGCGUACUCAUAUGUUGUUCAUGUUCAUGUUCAUCAACUAUGUUUGAAAUGACAAUUAGUGUAUCUUUACAGCAUGAUUCAAUCUAGACUUUCUCACUGACAAUCCUAAGCUCAUACACUGAACGCAACCAUUAUAUGUUUGCAACUGAUCCACUCCAAGAAUUUAAAUGAGGCGAAGAAAAUCGUCUUGAUAACACCAACACAACGAAUUCACUCAAUCUGGUCGGUUUCAUUUUACCUACAGAUAAUCAAAUGUGGAUAAUUUGACAAGAAUAAAUAUGACAUGAACUGUUGCAGCGGUGAUGAGUAAAAGCUGGGCGACAAUGCAGCAGUGUAGUGUGAAGUGUUGAUUGGGAAAAUGACAAAGGAGUGAUGGGAAAGAGGAGGUUGACAUAGUGUGAAACGGAUAGGUUGCAACCUUUUGACUGAGAUGAGAUGCACAAAUCACAGUCGAACCAAAGUGAUCUGUAUAUCGAUCAUUUUGAAUGGAGAGACUGGCAAACUGACAAAUGUCUAUUUUGUGUGUUCCAUGUCUGACAGGUUGUAUGUAAUUCACUUACCUGUUGACAGUGACUUCAUGUCAUACGAUGUAUUCUCAGGCAAAUCAAUGAUGAGAUUUUCUCGCCAGAUCAUCAUGAUAUUCUGUAGUGAGAUGUUCGCUUCUCAGAUUUGAAAUAUGCGAGUAAUUAAUGUUAUUGCUUGUAGUUUCCAGUCGUUGACUGGGUCGAAUUGACCAAUCUCUGUUGGCAUAUGGACUCGUUUGUGUAUGCCUCUACUUUCAUUUUGGUAGUAAUGAUGGAUAAUGGCCAGUAGUGGUAUCCGGGAGAUGAGUUUCAUCCUAUUUAUAUUCGAGACUUCGUGGUAACAUCAUCCCUCACUGAGAGGUAGGUGAAUCUAUCUGUUGAGUGCGAAAUGGUAGGAAAUGCGUGUGGUGGAUUCCAGUGUAGCCACUAUCCAUCAUCUUUGUGCGAGUAUUUGUCGAUGGAUUUUUUCGAGUCAGUAUUUAUUAGUAGAUGGUUCAGUUGUACAACGAAUAUUGUGUGUUCUGCUAAAGUUAACUAUUGUGCUUUUUAUGAGGUAACUAAGAAAAGCAUGUCAACAGAAUACAAUGUGUAUUCAUGCCGAUAGCAUGAAAGUUAUUGCGAAUUAGUUACGUGAAAUCCGAAGUGUCGUGCUUCUUUGUGUUCAAUACACACAGUCAUGAUCAUCCUGUUUAAAUGAAAGGACUUUCUCUAACCUCAUCGAAAUAUGUUCUUAUUGUCGAUAAAUGUGGAUUAUUUGGAGAAGCAUAUUGGUUGAAGUACAUUCUCGAUAGUAGCCACAUAACUGUGAGUUCUCAUGAGAAACACACCACCGGCACAAUCAGGCAAUAAACAACCUGGGAAAAUUAUGUCCUAUACUUAACAUGGCAUAAAUCCCAUGUCCCGUCACUUGACUCAGUUUGAACAGGUUAGAAGUUAAGUAGUUUUGUUGUUUUUCGCCUCAAACAACGUCAAUCAUUUAAGUUUCAACUCGGUUGACUGAUGUUAUAAUGUCUAGUUAUAUGUGGGUGAGUGAAGAUCAGCGUGAAUCCACCUGGUUCGCACUUCUCAAAAGCAUUGGUGGCUAUGCCGAGGUUAACAUGAUCUUACUUCCUGCUUGAAAUUUCUGAUGGACAGCCUCUUGUUAAUGCAGAUUUAGUUGUUAACAGCUUGCAAUUCAAACCUCUAUUAUUUAUUCAUUUGUUUACUACGGGUGAAAGAGAGUCAGCUAUAUCUUGCUUUACAAGUGCACAUCAAUAGACUUUUGUAGUAAGUCGACAGUGUUUUCAACACUCUACACUUCAGUUUCCAGAGCAGAUUCAUGAUGGACAACAAAAGUUUAUAGUGUGAACUUCUAUGUUGGCGUUUGGUUCUGAAACGAUUUGAGUUAAAUGUGAAAGGUGCGGUAUGUUACAUUUUUCAGAUUGUGGGUGUAUAUAUUCUACUGCAGUUAUUCCUAGUAGGGAUUUAUGUUUCUGUAUCUAGAAGCAAUAAAACAUCCCAACGGUAUCCUUAUCGUUCAUCUACAACUGAGAUGAAACACAGAGGAGAUAAUGUGAAGUGGAAGGUGGAUUUGAUAUUUCUCUUCCUAUUCAGCUUAUCCUUGGUCAGUCUCAGUCGUUUAUUUUAGAUUUCAUGGAAAUUCAUUAUUUUCUUCACACUCAUACUCGGAUAAGAGGUUUCCAGAACUGUGUCUAUGACCCACUGGUACUCAAUUUGUCAAGAACAUUAUUCAGCUUUGCGUACCCCACAAGCCUGUAAAAAGGCGAAAUAAUUUAGCUGACGACGAAUCGGUUAAGACACAGAACAGGGAAGCUUACUUGAUUUUCACAAUCAAAUUACGUUUGCCUGUGAUUAUAUUAGAUGUGAUUCGCCUCUCAUAUUCUGCCGACUGCACUAUAUUUUACAACUCAUCUUACAACCCAUUUUACAACUCAUUAUUUCACAAUCCGAUUUAUUUCAUCGCCUCUUUUUUCAGUGUUUACUGAUAUCAUUUUUUUGUUGUUCCUCUUCCUCUUGCUAGCUUUAACCUCUAUACACCGAUUUAAAGUUUUGUGACCUGGAGAGUUGCGUAGUAAUGCUAGUUCUCAUUUGGUUUCUGUCUGUCUAAUACAGUGAACUUCUUGCACAGAAACUACCUAUUUAUCUUCAAGAGACAUUUCACACACAUGUAUGUCUAAUUGUCGAAUGCAGUAGAACAGGAAAUGUUUCAUGAUGUUAAGGGUUGAAUAAUCGUUGUGAAAAGCAGAGCAAUAUAUUGUGACACAUUUCAAGCCUGAUACUCAGAUCAAAAUGCAUCCCAUAUACAGGAGUGAAACUUGAGCACUGGUAGAUCGUAAUUUCAUUUUAGCCAGUUGACUAUAAAUGUUAUACAGGGAAAGAGUAUCAUUUACUGGAUAACUUUCAGACAUGUGAUAUGAAUAUGGACAAUAAAUUAUGUCCGGAAUGUCAUCCAGUAAACGAUACUGUUUCACUUUGUGACAUUUAUAAUAAAUAGGCUAAAGUGGAAUGUAUCCCACUUAUCUCAUAGAAAGCCAAAGUUCUCACCACUUUCUUUCAAACUGACUAUCAGCGAGACAUUUCAAAGAUUUUUGUAAAAUCAAUGAGAAUGUAAGCAUAUGAAUCACUGAAGUACCCAGCCGGCAUAGAUGUAUACUUGUAAAUACCUCACCAAUCACAGUUAAUUUGACGCAUCAGACGUAAUUUUUUUCACAGAACUGGCAGUUAUUCGCGCCUUCUAAAUCAGAUAUUCAGAGUCAUCAGAAUUGCAGAACCUCUGAACAUUUACUAGCUUAUGAUAAAUGAGUGAGAUCAAAUUCACGUGGUCUGUGUGAAUUGGAUUCACUUGUAAACACUUUUGUAGUGAAUUCUCCCGUCUCACACUUCACUCUUCCUGCUUUGGUUUGGCUGCAAUGCCACACGAUAUUUGACUUCAUCAAAGUGUAAAUGGGCUUCAAAUUUAAACGACCAAAAUGACGAAGUUUGAGAGCGAAUUACAUGUAUUUGGAUCGAAAUUCAUAAUAGCACAUCACUUGUUGGUUGUCAGCGCUUACUAAUAGAACGGUGUAGACUGAUAUGCACAUCUUUAAUUCUUAUGUGUGCAUCGAUAUUUACGACCUCAAAAUAAUUAAAGGAUUCUGCUUUCUCAUUACUUUCGUUAAAAAAUUCCAGUGGAUUAACAACAUAGCAAAUUAUUUCCUCUUUUUUGAUAAACAUCUUCUAUUUGAUUACUCUUCACAUUAUUGUUUGGAAAUGAAUUUCGUUGGUAAUUUGCGUUUCAUCUAGAUUCACUCUUCCACCCAUCAUUCUUCAUCUAACUAACAUCUAUCAAAGUGCACGGUGAUGUUGAGUCAACUAGCCUGGUGGUCAUAUUGCAAAAUGAUCGAUAGAAUUCGAUCAGCACUUGGGACUAGAUAACAUGAAAUUGGUUACUCUGCAGUGACCAAUCAGUGUGCCUAUCCAGUUGUAAAGGAGAUAAGUUGCGGCUCGAAUGGCUGAGUGGUAACACCUCUGAUUGCAGCUCUGGGUGACGUGGGUUCAAGUCUCAGGUGAGGCAUCAGUUCCUUAGAGAUUGCAGAUGCGCCUCUCUGACGAGUGCUGAAAAGUACUCGUUCAUAUGUUCUUCUUUUCAAUUCCUUCCUAUCUUUGUUUAAUGAGUAUUAUAUGAUCGCAUACUUUUUAGUCAGUUAUUUACUCCUGCUAUAUCAGGUAUUCAGUAUCAUAAUGGUCGCAGAACUUCUGGACAUUCAUCAACUAAUAAUAAAUAAGGGAGAUCAAAGUCACAUGUUCUGUGUGAACUUCAUUCGCCUGUGAGCCAUUUCACAGUGAAUUCUGGCUUCUUACGCUUCCGUCCUACAUGAAUAUGCUUUGACCAAUGUCAUCUUCAAAAAUAUAUGUUUUAAAAU